AUGUUGAUACAAAUAAUUUUGUUGCUUAUCAUAUCUCUUAUAUAUUUCAUAUAUUUCUAUAAUAUUAAAAAUAGUGAGAGUUAUUGGAAAAGACGCGGUGUUAAAUAUCAUAAAUCAAAGCUCCUUGGUGUUUUCGGUGAAUUUUUCUUCGGGAAACGACCCUUGUUUGAAAUACUAUCAGAUCUAUAUAAAGAGCACCGCAACGAACCAGCAGUGGGCAUAAGUGGCUCUAUUAAACCUACUCUUCUUAUAAUAGAUUCCACUAAUGUUCAACACGUUUUACAACAAGAUUUUCAUUCCUUUAAUCACAGAGGAUUAGAUAUCAAUGAUGGCGACAUUCUCGCAGAUAACAUACUAUUUAUGAACGGCAACAGAUGGAAGCUGAUGAGGCAGAAUAUGACCUCACUCUUCACGAGCUCUAAAUUAAAGAACAUGUACUACAUUUUGGAUAAGAGUGCUGUAGAUUUCAUUGCGUACCUGAAUAAGUAUCCAGAAAAAUUGAAUGAAAAUAUUUUUGAAUUGAUGUCACAAUUCUGCAGUGUUGCUAUAGGAGCAUCUGUGUUUGGAGUCACAAGUGAAUCUGUUUUUGAGUCACCAAUACUGAAUACUACAAAAAUACUCUUUCAACAGAAUUUGAAGACCAAUAUGAAGUUCACGGUCCUGAACAUUAGUCCAUGGCUAGGAAAGAUUCUUGGUUUAAAAUUGUUUGGAGAGUUCGAGGACUUCUUUAUCGGUGCUAUAAAGAAAAUUAUUCGUCAACGAGAACAAGAGAAUGUGGAGAAGCAUGAUUUCGCCGAUAAAGCUGUGAGUUUGCAAAAAAAAGGUACGAUGAGAGAUCGCGAUACAGGACUUGAAUUAGAACCGACUGAUGAAUUGCUCGCAGCACAAGCUUUCUUUUUCUUUAAUGCUGGAGUUGAACCGAGCGCUACAGGUAUUUAUGCUGUAUUAUUUGAACUCGGUAGGAAUCCCAAACAUCUCCAACAAGUUCACGAAGAAAUAGAUGCUAGUUAUAAAAAACAUAACGGAAAAUUCACUUACGAAGCAGUAAUGGAAAUGGAACAUUUGGAAAAUGUGUUAUCUGAAGCUUUGAGACUACAUCCUCCAAUUGGAUUUUUAACUAGAAGAUGUGUACGUGAUACAGUACUGCCUGUAGGCAAUGUACCCGUCGAGAAAGAUACCAACAUAUUUACUCCUAUAUUUGAUAUACAUUACGAUCCUGAGAUCUAUCCCAAUCCUACAGUGUUCGAUCCAGACAGAUUUGCAAAUGACUCAUCUCUAGUUAAUAGCAGUUUGUACAUGCCUUUUGGCAAAGGAAAUAGACUAUGCGUUGGUGUUAGGUAUGCACGACUUCAAGUUAAAUCUGGACUGAUACAUAUACUUCGUCACUACACAGUUAAAUCAAAAGUUCUUGGUGAUAAAAUUACAUAUAAGAAGGCACAAGUUCAAUUGAGACCAGAUAAUUUGGAUAUCAAACUUAUACCCAGAACUAAUAGUAGUUGUAUAAGUGACUACGAUACAAAUAUCGACAUUUUUAUCUUUAUUUCACAAACAGUGGACAUAAACAAAAUGUUACUUUAUAUAUUGUUAUUAAUUGUGAUUUUUAUUCCAUUAUUCUUUUAUUAUAUCAACAAAAGCAAUGUGAAUUAUUGGAAGAGACGCGGGCUCAAAUUACAGGACACUUACAACUAUUUCGGGAUUACUGGGGAGUUCCUAACCAGUGAUCGACCAAUUUUCGUCAUCUUAUCGGAAUUUUAUAAGAAGUAUCGCAAGGAACCAGCAGUAGGCGUGAGUACUCUUUUCCGGCCAGCUGUUUUAAUAAUAGACCCUGCUAAUAUUCAACAUGUACUGCAAACGGAUUUUCAAUCGUUCUCUGACAGAGGCUUUGAAGUAAAUAAGAAUGAUCAUCUUGCAGACAAUUUGUUAUUCAUGACUGGCAACAGAUGGAAGUUGAUGAGACAAAACAUGACUUCUCUCUUCACAAGCGCUAAAUUAAAGAACAUGUACUACAUAAUGGACAAGAGUGCCAAUGACUUUAUAAAUUAUUUAAAUAAAAAUAAAGCGAAGUGGAAUGGAAAGGAAACCUAUGAAUUGAUGUUGCAAUUCUGCAGUGCCGCUGUGGGAGCUUCUGUUUUUGGAAUCGUGACUGAGUCCGUAUUCGACUCACCAUUUUUAGAAAUCGGCAAAAAGGCUUUCCAAGCUACCUUAAAGAUUAAUCUUAAAUUUAUUGUAUUUAGCAUUAGUCCGUGGCUAGGGAAAAAGCUUAAUAUAAAAAUUUUCGGAGAAUACGAAGAAUUUUUCAUAGGUGCUAUUAAGAAGAUUAUUCGUUUAAGAGAACAAGAAAAUGUGCACAAACAUGAUUUUGCCGAUAAAGCUGUAAGUUUGCAAAAACAAGGCACAAUGGUAGAUCGUGAAACUGGGCUUACAUUAGAACCCACUGAUGAACUUCUUGCAGGCCAAGCGUUCUUUUUCUUUAAUGCGGGCGUAGAACCAAGUGCUACUGCAGCUUUAGGUGCUUUAUUUGAAUUAGGAAAAAGUCCCGCACACCUAAAAAGAGUUCAAGAUGAAAUAGACGCUACAUUUGAAAAGUACGACGGAAAAUUAACUUAUGAAGCUGUAAUGGAAAUGGAAUAUUUAGAAAAAGUAUUAACCGAAAGUUUGAGAAUGCAUCCACCAAUCGGAUUUUUAAGUAGGCAAUGUGUAAGGGAUUCGGUUUUACCUGUGGGUAAUGUACUCAUCGAGAAAGGCACUGCCGUAUUUGUUCCUGUGUACGAUCUUCAUUAUGAUCCUGUAUAUUACAAAAAUCCUACUGUAUUCGAUCCAGAUAGGUUUGUUAACGAAGAAAUUAGUAAUAACAGUUUUUUGUCAUUUGGUAAAGGAAACAGAAUAUGCAUUGGAGUGAGAUACGCUCGACUUCAGGUAAAGACUGGCUUGAUAUAUUUACUUCGUAACUUUUCAGUAAAAUCUUCUAUUGAUGGAGAUAAGAUUAAUUAUCGUAAAGAUCAAGUUCAAGUGAGGCCAACAAAUUUGAACGUUCAGCUCAUACCUAGAAAUUUAAAAAGUAAUUAAAUAUUAUUUUUAACAAGUACAUAAUUUUGUAAUAAAAGUACACAUUUAAAAAAAUACACAAAGCAUAUGGGUAUUUAUGUUUAUCUUGAUAACUAUGAUUCCUUAAGACUUAACUAAUAUGAAGAUCUCUACGAUGUAUUUAGUGACUAUUCUUCAAUAAAUGUAUAAUAAUUUUGAUUUUUUCAAGCUACAAGGAAUUGACAAGAAACUUAAUUUACCUCUCUAUAUUUAUUUCUAAUUAUUUUAGAAUAUGUUUGUAUGUUGUUUACUUAAUCGAAUCCUUUCAGCCAAUUAAUUAAUUAUUGUUAUUCGUUAUGAGGUUGCAGCAACUCCUUUUCUCCCAAGUUGAAAUGUUAAAUUAAAAAAGAACUGUAUUAUUUUUA